AUGAUUUUGAGAAAGAAUUCAAAGUACGAGUCAAGAAGACAAAUGUUGUAUGAACUUUCUAAGAAGGCAGAACUUCAAGAGUUGACUUAAACCAUAUUAGAUGAUAUGGAGGAUCUUUAAUAUUUAUAUAAAUCAUAUUCAUAGAAUUAUUUUGAUAGAAACACUGUUGAAAUUCUAGGAGAUGAUCCUAUAUUGAAAGGAUAAAAACUAAUGUAAAAGAUACUCGACAGGGAUAACUAUGAUUACAAAGAGAGAAUAAGGAAAUCUUUAAUAAAUUUGCAUUGUUCAAAUUCAAUAUUCCCUGAAAUAAUCCACUUUUUAAGAGUGGAUAAUAAUUGCAUUGAAAUAAAGUACUGCAAUGAACUUGAAAGAGAAUUACUCAAAUAUGACUAAGAGAAACUAGAAAGAACGGAAGUUUAUAAUCAAGUUGAAGAAGGUUCAGACCAAACUCUCAUUUUAAUUCAUUUAAUGUGUUUAAAAAAUAGGAUCACAAAUCAAUAGGAUUUUUUAACAUAUUUCAAUACAUCAAAAGAUUAUCAAGCAAUAAAGGAUUUACAUGCCAAAUGUUAAGAUUUGGAGUUUAAUUAUUUGGAGUAAACUACACAAUAAAUAAUAAAUAUCGUGUCUGACUUUUAUUAAUUAUUUUCGACCUACUGUUAAAUGAUUAAACCUAGACAAGAAAAAUGUACAAAGCUGAUCUUUAGAGUUCUACUUUAAUUAUUAUUGUAUUAGAACAUUAUCAUACCUGAAUUACUGAGAUUUAUGAAGAUGAUCAGAAAUAGUUCAGUUUACAAUGUUUCAUAUAGUUUUGGAAUGAUUGUGGUUAAACCUACUGUAAAGCUCUUGGCUUAGAUGAGUUAAAUUCCUCAAAUUAGUAAUCAGGUUGAAUUAUUAAAAAUCAAAAAAUUAAAUUUAACUUCUAAUUUACCUAAAUAUGAAAAUUUCUAUAGAUAAGUUUUGAUCCACUUCCCUAAUAUUUUAUAAAUAGAUACGAAUUAAGUUAUUGUGAAUUACCUAGAAAAGCUAACUUAAAACUAUCACCGACAUAUUGUUGUUCUGGAGGAUAUCUACUUGAGCACAGAAUUUUCGUAAAUGAUGGAUUUGAUUGAUAAAAUUUGUGGAGUGUAGAUUAAAUUCAUUAUGAAUUUGGAUGUCAAUUCUGAAGAGGAGUUUGAGGAUUAUGGAACAAAUGUAUUGAAGAUUGGAACUAUGUUAUUUCAAUUGAGAGAAAAGAUAUUUUAAAAUAAUAAUUCUACUAAACUCAAACAAAAUAAUGAUCUUAUAGAAAAAUUCAAGAAAUUCUUAUAACAUGAAUCACAACAUGAAAGAUCAUUUUCUCAUUUGUUGAAAUAUAUUGUUUGUAAUAAAAAUGAUUUAAUGGUUGAUAUUUCUGAUAAUUAUGACUAAGAACUAUUGGAAGAUCAGAGAUUUUAAGAGUUCUUGUAGAAUUUAGACAAUAACGAAGUUCAAUUAGAUUGUGAUAAGGGAGAGACUGAAAAUGAAAUACUUUUCAAUUAAAUUAAAUUAAUUUAUCAUCAACGAGAAUAACACUUGGAUUUGUUGAAAUAAUUAAAUGGCAAUUAGCGUUGCGAUUAAUUGAUGAAGGAUUUGUAGAAGAGUGAAUUACAACACAAAGAAUAUUUGGUCAAACUUUUGGUGUGCAUUCAAUACUAAAUAUAUAUAUGA